AUGGCCGCCGCAUACUCUGCACAUGCUCCGGGCUCCCUCCCUCCAACCAUGUCGAACCCGAGUGCUCCUCCAGGCACCUUCGCUCCAGGUACCAAGGUCCAAGUCGGCUCACACCGCGUCGUCAUCGAGAAGUACUUCUCCGAGGGAGGCUUCGCUCACGUCUACACCGUCCGUGUACCGCCCAAAGAUGCCUCAAGCAAGCCCACCAUUGCUGUGCUCAAAAGAGUCGCCGUACCAGACAAGGAUGCUCUGGCAAACAUGCGUACCGAGGUUGAGACCAUGAAGAAGCUACAAGGCCACAAGCACAUUGUCACAUACAUCGACAGUCAUGCCAGUCAGCUGAAAGGCGGUGGCUACGAGGUCUUNUUGCUCAUGGAGUUCUGCUCGGGCGGUGGUCUGAUUGAUUUCAUGAACACACGCCUGCAGCACCGCUUGACCGAGCCAGAGAUUCUGAACAUCUUCGGCGACGUCAGCGAGGGUGUUGCGACUAUGCAUUACCUCAAGCCACCGCUUUUGCAUAGAGAUCUGAAGGUCGAGAACGUGCUCAUCACAAAUUCGUCAAAGGGUGCUAUCUACAAACUUUGCGAUUUCGGUAGUACAGCUCCACCACGACCUGCUGCUACCAAUGCUCAAGAGGGCAGGAUAAUCGAGGAAGAUAUUCAGCGUCACACUACCAUGCAAUAUCGGAGUCCUGAAAUGGUCGACGUCUGGCGCCGGCAGCCAAUUGACGAAAAGAGUGAUAUCUGGGCGCUGGGCGUCUUGUUGUACAAGCUGUGCUACUACACUACUCCUUUCGAGGAGGUCGGUCAGAUGGCCAUCUUGAAUGCUUCGUUCAAGUACCCACACUAUCCUGCAUUUUCAUCUCGUCUCAAAGCCUUGAUCGGCUCUUGUUUGCGAGAAGACCCUCGUCUGAGACCGAAUAUAUAUCAAGUUGUCAGCGAAGUAUGCAGUAUGCGCGGCACGCCAGUACCUAUCAAAGACGUGAGUACCAUCUGUACGAUUCAGUUCCGAACGGACAUUCUAAUGGCGAACAGNAUCUAUGCACAACGCACACAGUCCGAGGCAGGACGCAACCAAAAACUUCCGGAUCUCACCCCUGUAGCUUCACCACCUCCAGCAGGCAUCAGUCAUGCAUCACCCGUCAAACAAAAACAAUACAUCCCUGAGAUUGCUCCAAUGAGGCGCGGCAGACCGACUGCUGCACCUCAACCGCAGGCUGCAGCGGCGUCCUCUGCUAAGAACUCGGAUCCUUUUGCUGCACUCGAUUCUGCCUCGAAUACCAUCCGAUCUCGUGCUGUUGAUGAGCUUUCAGCCAAGUUCCCAUCGUUGGACGAAUUCUCGAUUGCGCAUGAGUCAGGUGGUUUCAACUUUAGCUCGUCUAAGCCGCAAAGGAACGAUCCCAUAACGAGCGCUCUGGCAGACGAGGUAUUUGCACGUCCUUCGUCAGCGAAAGCCACACCUCCUCCCAAAUCCGAGUCUACCCCAGCUCAAAGUGUCAGCAAGCCUCCAACAAAAUCCGAGCCUAGCGCGAAGGCACAAGCACCUCCUAAACCCAAAACACUGCUACAUCAACCAGCCCCACAAAGACCGAGCUACUCUUCAACUGGCACCAUGACUUCUUCGGCUGAGACUCAACCUACACAGCCAGCCCUACCGAAGAUGCCAGACGUCAGCAAGAGACCGAUCUGGCGAGUUCCGGAUCACUCGAGAUCUUCGAGCCAGCCGCGUGCUUCUCCCCUGGCCCAGAAAGAAGCUGAUAGACUUCAGCCCAGUGCACUACCCGCCGAAAGACCUGCAUUACUCGACAUUCACCGCUCCAAAUCGCAAACAGCUACGAUGACGCUCGCGAAGCAAACAACUUCUUCCAGACCCUCCUUGGAAGGUCACAGACCAUCUUUUGGAUACGAGGAUGGAAUCAGCAGAACAAGAUCUGCCAACGCAAGGCCGCGACCCGUUAGUGCUGCGUACGUGGACUCCAAUCUUGACUAUUUGCGGGAACAAGAAGCAGAGAGAAAGAGACCGUCACUUGAAAUCAGGAGAUCCAGCCGAUCGAUCAGAAGUACUGAGCUCAACUUUGACGACGCAAAUAUUGAAAGCGAUGCCGACUACCUUAGAAGCCUGGAAAACAACGAUGGGCUUAGUCGUCGAAGUAGCGGCAAGAGUGCUGCUCAUAACAAGCGCUCCAGCUUGUCCUCAUUCAGCUUAAGUGGAACGAAGAAUAUGCUAUCAGGCAGAUUCGGCGAUGCAUUCAAGAGAUUUGAGCAGACAGGCGGAGAAGAAAGGACUGAGAAGAGUGGUAGAGGGUCUGAAUCAGGAUUCAGGACACCUAGCCCCAAUCCACCAAUGCAGACCGAGGGUAACCUACUCAGUCCGAUCACAGGCUCCGAGACUAAUGAGACGCCGCGACGUCCCGAAGUUACCAAGUCUGAUCUUGAUGAUCUGAUCGAGACUGAAGACUUACCACCAGAGAUGCGCAGAGAGAUGGAAAGGCUACAACUUGCACAGGAAGAGAAGCGUGUAGCAGCUGCGGCGGCUGAGCACAGAAGUCGCGGAGGUGCGCCGCCCGUGCCAUCGAAAGCCAACAUGAUUCAGCAGCGCGUUCAAUCCUUAUUGGACGAUGGACAGAAGUCUCCUGUACGAAAGAGGCAAGCGGAAGGCUACGGGCGCUACACGGAAAGAACAGAGACUGUGGAGCCCGAACGGCGACCAACACCCACAGCCCAGCCUAUUGUGAAGAAACAAGCACCACCUGUUGCGAGAAAGCCAGCUACGCCUGUUCCCUCAUCUGCUGCUGCAUCUGGAGAAGUGGAUAUGAACUUGAGAUACCACAAGGUUCGACAAUCUCAAUCGUUCCCGAUACCAGCAGGCACAUACCCCUUAGAGCACUCAGUGUCAGCACCUGCGCAAAGAACAGGAGCAGCACCAAGACCUAACACACCUGCCAAGCCAACGGCACUCAAGACAGGCGGAUCAGCUAUGUCACAAGGUCGACCGCCAUCUUCAGGAACGACGGGCCCUGUAUACAGCCAGCCCUCAGGGGCAACUCGUGGUCCCAGUCUUGCAGCACUGAUUGCACGAGACAAUGAAGGUGUUGCGGGCGUCGGUGCCGGCAACAAUGCUGGCAUGGAGCAAGGAGUGAGGCAGGAACCAGAGAUGGUCAACCAAGCGGAUUUUGAUGAUUGGCAAGCAGAUUUCAGCAAGAGAUACCCAAGUCUGAGUGGCAUUGAAAUGGUGGAGAGAGAAAUAGCAGCGACUGGCGGGAGUAGAGAUGGAGGGCGACGUGGGAUGCGAGUUAGAGAUGUAUGA